AUGAUACUUCAGAAACAGGCCGAUGAAGUGAGUGAGGGAGAAUUUGAUAUUGAUAUGGCGUUUGAAAUCAUUGAGUUGGUAAUGCAGAUCCUUGAAGACAUGGACUCUGAGGAGGCGAAAGCAAAUGAAGCAGCACAGAUUGAAGCUGCAGAAAAGGAGUUUGAGAAACUUCCCGUUGAGGAGCAGAACAAGCUCAUUGCAGAGAAAGCACAACAAGACAAGGAGAAUGCAGAAUGGGAAAAGAGGAAGGACAUUACAUCUGUUGUUGUGAGGUCCAUCACAACUGUUUUGGACCUUGUUGAGAUAGCUGUACCAGAGGAUGUGAGACAGAAAAUUGCCGAACCAUUUGAGUUCACAAAGUUCUUGUUAAACUUCAUACUUAUUGAAGACGGAGAGAAGUAUGAAGCAGUCGCUGCCUAUAAGAAGCAGGCCGAUGAAGUGAGUGAGGGAGAAUUUGAUAUUGAUAUGGCGUUUGAACUCAUUGAGUUGGUAAUGCAGAUCCUUGAAGACAUGGAUUCAGAGGAAGCGAAAGCAAAUGAAGCAGCACAGAUUGAAGCUGCAGAAAAGGAGUUUGAGAAACUUCCUGUUGAGGAGCAGAACAAGCUAAUUGCUGAGAAAGCACAACAUGACAAGGAGAAUGCAGAAUGGAGAAAGAGGAAGGACAUUACAUCUGUUGUUGUGAACUCCAUUUCAACUGUUUUGGACAUUGUUGAGAUCUCUGUGCCUGAGGACGUGAGACAGAAGAUUGCCGAACCAUUUGAAUUCACAAAGUUCUUGUUAAACUUCAUUCUUAUUGAAGAAGAAGAAGCAGCAGCUCUGAUCAGUGCUUUCAAAUCCCGAAAAUAGAGAGGACACUGAUUUUGAUCGAGGAACUCAAAAAUCAACUUUUCUGAUUUUUCUGAUUGUAUUGCAUGAAGUAUAAAUAAACAAUACAUGAAGCAAUAAAAUAAAGUAUGCA